AUAGCGUCAUGUCACGCAAUAGCAUCACACGAUCGCCAGCUCGCUCCCUUCUCCGUUCACUGUCGGCCCCGUUUAGUCAUCCCCACUUCCCGCUGAAACACACACUGAACACGCAUGCCUGUGCGCUGCAUCACAUCAUUUAGGCUUGCAUUCGGUUCAACUCCCUCCCCAGAAAGUCCAACACCGGGGUCUUCCGCUCCAAAUUCAGUGCUUGUUUCAGCUCUCUGCUGAUCCUGUCCUUCCGGCUGCUGCGCGAGAAGACGCUGAAGGCACACAAACACGCACAUGCACUGAUCAACUUUCCUGGUACGCAUCUUCACACCUGUCAAUCUCCUCGCGACCGCUUGGAAGGCUUGCCGACUUGUGCGCUUGGCUUCAGCCGAGGGGUGCUUCGCCAUCUGUCUGCUGGCGGGGGCACAGGCAGCAGGACUCUCAACAGACGGCUGAAGGGAGACAUACAACAGUUCAAUCAUAAUGAUCGAUUGCUAAUCGUCGAUAUCGUCGAUAAGCGCACGUUUGGUUGCCGCCUGCUUUCUUGGUUGAAUGGUAGCGAGGCUGGUCUCGUGACUGGCUGGCACCUCCCCAAUGAAGAAACACACAGAUGCACAUCUCUCUAUUUGUCCCGCAUAGCUGGCCAGUAAGACACACGUGUUACCUCGCAGUCGACUGGCGUUGGCCGCUGCCUGAGAAGGUAUCCGAUUCGCUGGCACAGAGCACACAGACGGAGAAGGCUGCCUACCAUCUUUUCGGACUUGUGCCUGCCCGGGUCUGCUCUCAGCCGCCUCAGAUGCGCUCUUACCAUUUCCAGCCACCUUUGCCUUAGGUGGCGCAGGAGCCACCUGCGGAGCCGAGGAGGUCUUGGCCGACUCCUUCGAGAUCGCCUUGGUCGCCUUGGUCGCCUGUCUACUGAUGGCUUUCUCGGCAGGGGCAUGAGAGCUCUCACCCCCAACCGGCGACUGAAGAAGAGACACACAGAUACGGCACAGAGGAGAGACGUAUGUAUGUGUGCGCGUCUGUAUGCACUAAUCCACACCUUUGUCAAAGCCUCCCUCGUCCCCUGCCUGAUGCCAGGUGUGCGACCACAAACUAAUGGAAGAGACACAUACCCACCCAUUCAUCGCAUAGUGAACCACUCCCAUGUGCAUACGGCGUGUCGGCUUUGCUGCAGUCGUUUUGCCAUGCGACAAAUCAAAGCGACGCAGCUGCAUCACAUGGACAGACAGAGGGAAAGAGACCUGUGUCACGUGUUCUAGCCAGAAUUUAUCCAAAUUCACACAUGCGCCCCGAUGGCAGUGUCAGGCACCUGCUGCGGUCGUGUGGGUGCUGGCCGGUUCGUCUUGAGAACCGGAAUCCUUUCUCUCUUCUGAGCACCGCUGCGACUGGCGUUCUUGUCAUCUAUCACCUCUGCCUUUCCCUCUCUCUUGCGGCGUCCGUCGUGGGGCGGCAGAAGGUUGGCCUUGAUCUUACGUUCGAGCGAAUCCUGAUCGAUACACAUAGAAAGACAGACGGGAUUGCACGGUAACUUUGCGAGAAGACCUCGUUCCAAGCCAUUGGUCUCACCACUUUGGCAAUGAGCUCACUCUGCACACAUUCACACAUGACUUGGAAAUUGGCGGCUUGCGGUGCUCUCAUGGUGAAGCACUGUACCCUUUCGCUGAUCCACUUCAUUUUCUCUUGCCUCAGCCGCAGGUUCUCCUCCAAGGCUUCUUGUAUACUGUCGUCGGACAGCGCUUCCGUCGAGUUGGCGCGAGUUGAUACGCAGCCCGUCUCGGCGUCGGCCACAGUCGGCUCGUUCUCCUUCUUGGCUGGCAGGGGAGUGGCAAGAAAUGGGUGAUCCAGAGCGUCUGCAGCUGCAGAGACAUACGUGCACAAAAAAGUGUAGAUCACCGUCGGUGAUCUGAGGGAGGAUACCUGUAGGCAUGCGAUAACGGGGGUCAUAUGCGAGCAUCCUUGAGGCCAAAUCAGCUUCCUCCUUCAUAUACGCGCUCUCGCUAUCGGAGAACAAAGUCUCCUGACAGAUUAGCACAGCCAAAACCAGGGAGUGAGACAUGUACUCGUUUACAUCUUCUAUCGAAUCACCUCACCCGCUGCAAAGCUGCCUUCGACUGUGCAAAUGUCUGUCUCACAGACACGUCGAAGGGCAUCUCUUGGCACAGAAUGUGGUAAAACACGACCCCCGCUGCCCACACGUCCGUCUGUGGAGUGUACUGGCCAGCGUAGCACUCAGGGGCCUGCUCAUAUAACACACACGCCCACACACACAGCAGUUUUGAUGAGAGAGAAACAAAGAGGUGAUCGGCUCACCAUGAAUGCCCUUGUGCCGAUAAUCUUUGGCUUUCCGUCGACUUUGGGCAGGGGCCUGUCGAGAAACAUGCAGACGUCGAAGUCGAUCAUCUUGAGACGCAUGGCGUCCUUGCCAGCGAAGACAAAGUUGGAGAGCUUCACAUCUCGAUGCACAAUCUAUAAGAUGACAUCCACAGACAUGUACAUGUGCCCCCAAGUAUGUAUGUGUCUGUCCUUUCGGCCGCCUACGUUGUGCGUGUGCAGAUUUUGAACUGCUGACAGGACUUGCUUCAUGACCUCCCUGAUCCUCUCAUUGCUGAGCACCUCUGUAUGGCCCAUGCGUUUCUGCCAGUCCUGCAAGGUAGGGCCCUGCAAACACUCAAAGACACGACAUCCAUCCACAAGAGCAUGCGGCUCGUGUUUCGUGUGCUGACGUGUCCAUACCCUCAGCUUCUCCAUGACAAUAUAGAUGUGUUCGUCGUCCUCGAGCAGCGCUUCUAUGUCGACGAGAUUGGGGGACCUGUUCGAGGCUAGCGCCUCGUAAACGUCUCGCAGGUGGCUCUCCUUUGUGAAGCCGAGAGCUCUGCGCUCGGGAGAGAAAGACAGAGAGGGACAGAGAAGCGCGUUGCGCACACGACGGGGGCAGAACCUGUGCAGCUUCGUUACUCACCCGAUGCUCUCCUUGUCAAUCUUCUUGAUAAUCAUCUCCUCGCCCGUCUUGCGGCAGGUGGCCCUGAGAACCACUGCCGACCUGCAGCUCACAAUGUCAGUUCACAUUCCCUGCGAAUCCACACCACGCAUCUCGUGUUUCUGGUGUUGCUCACCGGGAGCUCUUCGCCACCUCGCCCCCGACAGUGUAGUACUCUUCUAUGUUCUUCACGUGCUUGAAGGCCGCCAUUUCUUCUCUUUGAUGUUCC